CGCCAUCAUUGUCCGUAUCGACCGCGCGGUGACCACAGCCAGUUUAGAUUGAAUUAUUUAAUUUUCGCUAGUAAACAAGUGAAUGUAAAAAUGUUAGUGUUUCCCGCAUGGAGAUCUGAUAUACCUAGGGACGGGUGCAGGGUUCAGCGAUGGAUGCCUGCUGAGAGAUUCGCACCUUAUUUCGCACGGCCAGUAGUUUUACCGCCUCGUCCACCACAGUUGGAAGAUGAGGUUUCGUCGGGUGGUUCUUCCCCGGAUCGCUCGAGUGACACGGUCGAGAGUCCGGAGGGGGUUUGCCUGUGGCAGGGUUGCGGCGCUCACUUCCAGAGCGUUACGCGGCUCUCCGCGCAUGUCGCCCGCACGCAUGCGCUCGCGCACAGAGAUGGACUCUUCUAUUGCGGGUGGAAGGGAUGCACGAGACCACAACGAGGAUUUAAUGCACGGUACAAAAUGCUAGUGCAUGUACGAACACACACAAAUGAACGGCCACACACUUGCAAUCAGUGCAACAAAAGUUUCUCCAGAGCUGAAAACUUAAAAAUUCAUCUUAGAUCACACUCCGGAGAAAAACCCUACGUUUGCCCAUAUGAGGGCUGCGGCAAAGCAUAUUCAAACUCAAGCGACAGAUUCAAACACACGCGAACACACGCAGUUGAGAAGCCCUACUGCUGCAAGGUCGUCGGCUGCAACAAGCGCUACACCGACCCCUCCAGUCUAAGAAAACACGUCAAAACAUACAAGCACUAUACAACGGAACAGAUCGCGAGACGAGAGUCAUCAGACGAAGUCCACAGCUCCGAUGCCUUCUCGCCUUCAAAGGAAAAUAGCUCUUCGUACACAGUCUUAGAACCCACAUCGCCUGUUCACGGAAGCCGAGCGUACACCUCGCCAGUCAGCUCUCUGUCGCCACCCCGGCCGACGUACACACCGAUGAUGGCGGACCAGUCUCUCCAAAUCACGCCUUACCAGCCGAGGGGUGAUCAAGUCACUUACAUCAGGACUCUAGAACCUAUUUACCCAGUAAGGAUCCCAACAAAUGAGAUGUCUUACAUGGAAUACACGCAGAUGUAUGAGCAUGCGUACAGAAAUUACUACAACAAUUCAAUUCCCUAUCCCACAUUGGGAGCCAGUAUUAACGAGAAGGUGUACACAUACGAGAACCAGUCUCGAUUGGAGGAGGUUCCUCUAGAAAAGGUUGAUCAAAGCCCACCGGGCCGCAUGUACAGUCCUAUGGACGAGGAAAUGCCUCUUAACCUCAUUUGCUCUAAGAGGCUAGAGUGCAAACCUAUUGAACAACUAAUCAGACGGACAGACUUACCUUUAGAUUUAAGUACUAAGAGUUAAUUUAAUAUACGUAAGAUAAAUUUGUUUC